AACCUGGGACGGUUUGUGAUUCAAACACGAACGCCAUCGUCGAAACAUUAUGUGACCUGCAAAAAGCUUGUACCAAACGAUGGCGCGACAACAAGCUGUGUUUCUGCUUGCAUGGGCUCUUGCUCUUGGAGUUAUGUCUUCGACGGCUUCAGCUGCGAUUGUGGAACACAUAUUCAAUGUGGAGAACGUGACGGUGAGGAGAUUAUGCCAGAAACAUGUCAUCACUGUAGUGAAUGGAGCUCUUCCUGGCCCAACGAUUCGAGUCACGGAAGGUGACACCCUCGUCGUUCAUGUCUUAAACAAGUCCCAAUACAACGUCACUAUUCACUGGCACGGAGUGUUUCAACUAUUGAGUAGUUGGGCAGAUGGACCGAAUUAUAUUACGCAGUGUCCGAUACGUCCCGGACAUAGUUAUAUCCAAAAAUUUACUAUCACUAAACAGGAAGGCACGCUCUGGUGGCAUGCUCACGUCUCGUUGCUCCGCACCACCGUCUACGGCGCUCUCAUCAUCCUCCCCAAGUCGGGUCACUACCCAUUUCCCACACCCCACAAAGAAUUUCCUAUUAUUUUAGGAGAGUGGUGGAACGGAAAUGUGAUCGAUCUGCAGAACCAGGCACAGGCUCUCGGCGUGCCGCCUAGCAAUUCAGAUGCAUUCACCAUUAAUGGAAGGCCCGGAGAUCUCUAUCCUUGCUCCAAAAAGCACACCUACAAGGUAAAGGCAGUGCAUGGGAAGACCUACAUGCUUCGCAUAAUCAAUGCUGCACUCAAUAACCAACUCUUCUUCAAGAUAGCCAAUCACAGAUUCACUGUCGUCGCUGUCGACGCCUCAUACACCGACCCCUACGUCACCAACGUCGCUGUCCUGGCCCCGGGCCAAACGGUUGACGUGCUCCUCACCACAAACCAGACCCCGGGGGCCUACUACAUGGCGGCCCGCCCAUAUGAUAGCGCCCAAAACGCACCGCCGCCUGAUAACAGCACCACGACUGGGAUCCUCGUUUACAACAAGCUGCCCUACACGAGCCCGAUCAUGCCUUUCUUGCCGGCCCUCAAUGACACCCCCACAGCCCACAAGUUCUCCUCCUCCUUGACCAGCCUCAGGGGGAGCUCGAAUUGGAUGAGGGUGCCGACUAAGGUGGACGAGCAAAUGUUCAUAACAGUUGGACUGAGCCUCUCCCCGUGCGGGCCGACAGCCACGUGUAAGUUGAUCCCCAAUAUUCCCUCCCUCCGGUUGUCCGCAAACAUGAACAACGCGUCGUUCCAAUCCCCGACAAGCCUGUCCCUCUUGCAAGCGCACUUCUUCAACGUCAAAGGGAUCUACACCACUGAUUUCCCCGACCAGCCGCCGCUUAACUUCGAUUACACGAACCCUGCCAACAGCAACAACCUAACGUUGGCAUUCGCUCCCCGGAGCACAAGGGUGAAGCAAGUGAAGUACAACGCAACGGUUGAGAUCGUGUUCCAGGACACAACCAUCAUCGGCGCGGAGAAUCACCCUAUGCACUUGCACGGUUACAACUUCCACGUGGUGGGACAAGGGUUCGGGAACUUCAACCCAGUCCAGGAUCGGAAGAAAUUCAAUCUCUUCAACCCAGUGAUACGUAACACGAUCGGUGUGCCCGUGGGUGGUUGGGCUGCCAUCAGAUUCCAAGCAAAUAAUCCAGGUGUGUGGAUAUUGCACUGUCAUCUGGACAGCCACUUGGCGAUGGGACUGGCGACGGCUUUCGUAGUCGAGAACGGGCCCACCCUGUCAUCGACAUUGCCUCCGCCUCCUCCUGAUCUGCCUCAGUGUUAGGACCGAGAGCACGCGGAACACGUUUCUAAUUUGUCCGGUGGCUCGGCUAUCUCUUUCCAUUCUUUCCUCAUGCAACCCCGCAACCCCAUUACGAUCAGUCAUCCAUCGCUUCGUUUCUUCGAAAUGCCGUUACGAUGAAGAGAUUUCAUGUUUUCCCACCCUUCGGUUCAAAUGCUUUUGGCUUAUUUAAAAACGCAAUAACAGAGGAUGCAAAGAGAAGAGUCUCUUGCAUCCACUUCGGUUGUAACUCUAACUAUUUGAAAUCCGAUAUAUGUGUUGCAGGA